AUGCCGGCCGUCCCGUGGAGGAACUGGGAACAGAAAUUCGAACUUUAUCUGUUGGCCAGGUGCGGCACGAGCCCCCUGCCCCCCGAGCAGCGGCGCGCUCUGCUUCUGUGCGCGAUCGGUGACGAGGCGUACCGGGUGUUCGACACCCUGCCGCCGGUUGCGAAACGUGACGGCGAGGACGACUACGACGUCACCCUCCGCCAGCUCCGGGAGUUCUACACUCCCAGGACCAACGUCAUCGUGGAACGAUUCCGGUUCCGACAGCGAGCCCAGGCCCCCACAGAGUCCACAGCAGACUUCGUUGCUGCUCUGCGCGGCCUGGCUCGCACCUGCCAGUUCGGCCCCAUGGAGUCGGAACUCAUCCGGGACGUGGUGGUGGAGAAGACCCCCCACCAGCGCCUGAGGGAGCGACUCCUUCAGGACAGGGACCUCACUCUGGACAAGGUCCUGAGCGUCGCAGGGACAUACGAGGACUCCCUGCGGGAGGCUGCAGCCAUCUCCCAACCAGUUGCAGCCCCACCCGUCUCAUCCGUGGCAAAAGUUACGAGGAAGCCACAACAGAAGCGACAGCAGCAGCAGCAGCAGAGCGUCAGCAGCGACUUCUGCACCAACUGUGGACGUGAGGACCACGCACCCAGGGAUGCUGCCUGUCCAGCCCGCAGAGUGACCUGCCACUCCCGCGGAAAGAAGGGCCACUUCGCCAGCUGGUGCAGAGGCGGCAGUGGAACAACCCCAGCAAGGCCAGCUCAACGACAGCACCACAAGGCAGUGAAGGAGCUGAACGUGCUCUCCUGUGCUGCCACCACUGGGUCACGCCUCACCUGUACCGUCCAGGUGACUGCAGGUGACGUCACACAGGAGGUACCCCUCCAGGUGGACACGGGUGCCACCUGCUCACUCCUGAGUGUGAACCAUGCCAAGGAGCUGUUCAGAGGCGUGGCGUUCAGCCCCUCCAGCUCACGGCUCUACGGAUUCGGCCAGCAGCCACUCUCAGUCCUGGGAACGCUGCCUACCACGGUGACCUACAACAAUCAGGCUGUGCCAACAAACUUCUACCUGGUGGACACCAAGAAGACGGAGGCCAUCAUGGGUAUGGACCUGCUGCAGGCCCUGGGAGUCACCCUCCACCCAGCCUCGCACAGCGUCUACACGGUGGCAGGCUCAGCCCCGUCAGAGCUACCUGCCAUCGAGGGCUACGUGCACCGCAUCAAGCUGAAGCCGGACGCAGUACCAACUGCCUACAAGCUGCGCCGGCUGCCCCUCUCCGUGCGAGGGGAGGUCUCAGCAGAGCUGAACAGUCUGUUGGAAGCAGGCAUCAUCGAGAGGAUCGACUCCUCUCAGUGGAUCAGCCCGCUGACCGUCUCAAGGAAGAAGGACGGCAGGAUCAGGGUCUGUGUAGACCUGCGUGGGCCGAACAGCCAAAUCGUGCCAGAGGUCCACCCACUGCCCACAAUCGACGAGCUGGAGUCCAAGCUCUGUGGCACCCUCUACAGCAGGAUCGACUUGAAGUCGGCCUACCACCAGCUGCGUCUGCACGAGGACUCGCGUGACAUCACCGCCUUCCUCACGCCAGACGGCCUGAUGCGCUACACCAGGGUCCCGUUCGGCCUGGUGUCUAGCGGCAGCGCGUUCCAGAAGCUGCUCAGUCAUCUACUGCAGGGUAUCGACGGCUAUGGACACUAUCUGGAUGACAUCCUGGUCACUGGCCCUCUCCAGGCACGGAGUGGUACCUCUCCUUCUACCACCAAGGCCGUGGCCGAGGCCCCGCCUCCCACCAACGUAAAGGAGCUGCGCAGUCUCCUGGGCUCAACCGGCUGGUUCAGCAGGUUCGUGCCUCAGUACUCCGCUGUGGUGAGACCCCUCGCCAUCAUGCUGAAGAAGGAAGCCACGUUCCAGUGGACCAAGGAGGCCAACGACGCCUUCAACGAGGUGAAACGGCUCAUCUCAACCAGGCCGGUGAUGAAGCCCUUCAGCGCCCGCCUCCGGACGAUCGUGACGACCGACGCCGAGUCGCGGUACUCCGUCUCCGAGAAGGAAGCCCUCAGCGCGGUCAAUGCUGUCGAGCAUUGGCGGACGUACCUGUGGGGCCGUUCAUUCACCCUGCGGACGGACCACUCUGCGCUCACCACUCUGCUCACGCCGAAGACGUCCAACCGCGCCGGCACGCGCAUCGCCAGGUGGCAGUCCCGCCUGCUGCCGUACUCGUACACAGUGGAGUACCGGCCCGGGCGCAGCAUCCCAGUGGCUGACGCCCUGUCGCGCCUGCCGCUGCCGGACACCGGCGCCGCCGAGACGGACGGCGACGAGAUCGUCGCCCUGCUCACCGAUGACGUCAGUGACGUCAUCACUGAUGACGACGUAUGUGCCGCGUCGGCCGCCGAUCCAGUCAUGGAGCAGCUGCGGUCUGUCAUCCGCACCGGCUGGCCCGACGCCGCGCGCCAGUGCACGCCGGAGACGCGCGACUACUUCGCCGUGCGGCACGAGCUGCAAGUCCGCCAGGACGGAGUCGUGCUGCGCGGCCCGGACCGCGCCGUCGUCCCGGCCGCGCUCCGCUCAAAGUACCUCCAACUGGCGCACCGAGCGCACGAUGGUGUCGUGCGAACAAAGCAGCUCCUGCGCGACCUCGCCUGGUGGCCUGGAAUGUCGAAGGACGCCGCUGCACUGGUCGCCGACUGCCCGUCCUGCCACGCAAAGGACGCCGUGCUGACGCAGCAGGCGCGCCCCGCGCCGCUGCAACCGGUCGAGCUUCCAGACCGGCUCUGGUCUAAGCUCGGACUGGACAUCGUGGGCCCGAUCCCCGGCGCCCCACCGUCUGCAAAGUACGCCAUUACUAUGACGGAUUACCAUAGUAAGUGGCCAGAGGUCGCUCUGACGUCAUCCAUCGAGACUGAUGACGUCAUCCAGUUCCUGAGCCAGGCCUGGUCCAGAGAGGGACUGUGUGACGAGCUGGUGACCGACAACGGACCCCAGUUCACCAGCGACAGGUUCCGACAGUAUCUGGCCCAGCGCGGUAUCAGACACCACACGUCUGCCGUCUACUGGCCGCGCGGAAACGGAGCAGUGGAGCGGCUCAACCGAGAGGUGAAGGUGUGGCUCAAGGAGGCCACACAGCUGCAGUCGCGGACGGCCGCCAGCUUCAGCGGACACGUGCGACAGCGCCUCGCUCUGUACCGAGCGACCCCGCACUGCACCACCGGCCAGUCACCCUCGGCGCUCCUGCACGGCCGGCGCAUGCGUCUGCACCUGCCGGUCACCACAGAGACUCCGCCGCGCGACAGCUCGCUACAGCACCGAGUCGCUACCCAGCAGCAGCGCAACAGCCGCGGGUACGACUCCCGACAGGCCACCCGGCCGUCAGAUCUCCAGCCUGGCGACACGGUGCGCGUGCGGCGACAGGGGCACGUGCCCAAGAACCAGAGUCGGUUCUCCAGCCCGCGCCGAAUCGCCAGACAGCUCGGCCCGGCGACCUUCAUCCUGUCCGACGGGACAAAGAGGAACGCUGCACACCUCGCCCGCAUCCCAGACGCGGCGCCGACCGGCUCAGCACCUCCGAGCACCGACGGGCCGGAACCGCCGCCGCCGCCGCCGCCGGCCGACCCGGCUCCUCCGAGCUCCGGCGAGCCCCAGCCGCCAUCGCCGCAGCCGACAGCGUCCACCGCGCCACCUACAGCGCCGACAGAGAGAGCCCGCCCGUCAGAUGUCGCUGACGUCGCGCUGCCGGCCGCCACCGGCGCUGCUCGUGACCGGUCCCCCGGUGGGCCGCGCCCGCCUCAGAGGGCGCCCGUCGGCGGCACCCCGCGCCGUGAGUUGCCGGCCUCCUCCCGAGGACGCCGCCGAUUCUUGCCGCGCCGAUUUACGUGAUCGGCGGG